UAUAAUUAUUCCUUUUUCAUUGGAUUUAUAAUUGGUUGUUCUACAAUACUUUGUAUACAAUAUAAUUACAUCAUGGAUUAUUUAAAACGAUAACAUAAGAAUUAUGAGAUUAGCAUUACAAGCUGUAAUAUAUUUUAAAUAAAAAUUUAAAAGUAAAACAACACGUGGAUGAAUAUUUGAAUCCUAUUAAAAAGAAGAGAAAGCAUUAUAUCAAUAAAUUCAAUACAGAAUUACAGAUUGAAAACCCAUAACCAAAAUAAGAGGAUAAAUAAACGAUUUAACAAAUUUCGGUAUAAAAAUUAUAGAGAAAAAAGUUCUUAAAAAAAUUAGACAUUUAUAUUGAAUUUUUUGAUGGUAUUAAGGUAAAAAUAAUAAUAAAUAGAUAAUAGGAAUCUGAAUAAUAAUUUGGUUGUUAGUUAAAUGAUUUAGAUAGUAAAUUACUUACAGAGAAUGAAAUGACUAAUGUGGAUAAAUAUUAAGAAGAAGGAAAUGAAAUAAUUUAAUAAUUGACUGGUGUUUAAUUGAGUUCUAAAUUAUAUUUGUAUUUACCAUAUUGGAAAGACUUUAAAAAAGUUUUAAGAUCAAUUGGAUAAUGUCAUAAUGAAGUUGCUGUAGAUAUUAGCAAAGUUAGUGUUUAAUUAGUUUAAUUAAGGAAAGGGUAUAUAAAAGAAGUAGAAGAUAUUAGAAAAUAAAGAAAAAAAUUGAAACAAUAAACAGUUGAAUGUUAUAAUCAUUAUUAAAAGAUUUUAAAUGAAUUCAAUUAAAAUGAAAAAGAUUUAUAAGCAUAUAAUUAAGCUCAUAAUGAAAUGAUAAAAAGAAAGGAUGAUCCUACUUUAAUAAUUAAAAGUGAAAUGAAAGUCAAAUUACAAAUGCAAUAAUCUGAUAACAUAAGAUUGAAAUUAACAGAUUCUAGAGAUAGAAUCAAAGAAAAUUAAAUUCAAAUUAAUGAAUUUAAUUUAAAAAUGAAUGAGUUUUAAAUUAAUUAUGAAGAAUAACGAGUAAUAUUUGUUAAAUAAGGUUUUUAAGCAUUUUUAAUAACAUCUGAAAAUUAUGCAAUGUAAUUUUAAACUUAAAUCUCUUCUUUAAUUGUUAUUGUUGAUGAAGAUUAUUGUAAUAUUAUUUAAUUAUAUAUUAAAUAGAUUAAAUAUAUCCUUCAAGAUAAUAUAGAAGUCCGAAAUCAUCUCAAAAAUAUAAUUAAGAAAUAUAAUAAUAAAAUCAAAAUGAAUUAGAUAUUAAUGAAUAAAUUAAAGAAUCUUAAAGAUAAACUACCUAUUUACUAUAAUAAUGGUAAUUAGUGUAAAAGUAUAAUGAAGAAUUAGAAUAUUUUUUUAGAGAUUUAAUUUAAAUUUUUACUUAAAAAUCAAUAGAUAAAGAUUUUACACUUGUAAAAUAGUAAGUAGAAAAGGAAAAAAAAGAGGUAGCAGAUAUUUUCAAUAUUCUAUUUUCAAGUUUAAUAAGUGUAAUUUAAAUAAUAAAAGAUUCAAAUAAAUAGAUGGUUGAUUAAAUUGAAAGAAAAAGAUAAGAAAUUGCUAAAUGUAGAUUAGAUAUGUCAAUUGGUAAAGAAUUAGAAAUAUGUGCAUUAAGAGAUUUAAAAAAAUUAUAAAAUUUAAGUACUGAUGAAAAAGCACUUGAAUAGUAUUAAAAUGAUUAAUAAGAUAAAUCAAAAACAAAAAAAGCUGCAUAACAUUUCUUAAAUGAGAUGAAAUAAAAUAUGUAGGAUGUAAAAUCAUUAAAUUUUGGUAAAUUUUAUGCAACAAUUGGUUAAACAGUAUCUAAAGUUUAGAAAAUGAGUAAUUUAAAAGAAGAUGAUAUAAGAGAAUAAUAGAUUAAAUUGAUUGAAGAUAAAAGAGCAUUAAUUUCCCUAUAAGGAUUUACUUUAAAAAAAAUAGAAGAUAUAUUAAAUAAACACAGUAAUUUAAUAAUAAAAAUGAAAAAAACAUUAAUAGAAGAUUUAGGAAAAUUUGCUAUUUAAAUUUUUAAACAUUUAAGAAUGAUUGUUGAUGAAAGUAAAAUUAUAAAUUAAAAAUAGCAACUGAAAAUAUAUAGAUAAUUUAAUAAAGAGAAAAAAUAUAAGAAUAAAUAGAAGAGUAAGUUAUAAAAAAUGAAAAAGAAGAAUAAAUUUGUUAAAGUGAAGAUAUAGUAGAAGAUUUAAAUGUGAGUACAACGUCAUAAUUACUUUAAAAAUUAUUAAAAGUAUUGGUGAAUGAUUGGAAAGAAAGUGAAUAUUUUAAAGGAAAAAUAAAGAAAAUUUUACAUAAAACAUUCAAUAAAAAAAGAGCUGCAAUGUUAUCAGAAAUAACUGUAACUGAAUUGAAAAUUGUUGGAGAUUCACCAUCUUUAUCUGAAAUACAGGCAUUAAGAUAAGAUGUUAAUGAAGUAUUAUAUAAUUAUUAUUUAAGUUUUUAUGUGAUAUGGAUUUAUCUUUUAGAGGAAAAAUCUAAAUUGUUUUAAAUACAAAUAUUAUUAUAAAUUGGCCUAAAGAAUAUUAAGUGCCUGUUGAAAUUAAAAUUACUAUCUCUACUUUUACUAGUAGAAUUAGAUUAUGUUUUGUACCAACAUAUUUAGGAAAAAGUUGGUAUUAAUAUUUUAUUAUUUUAUUUUAGGCUUUCAAUGAUAGGAUAACCUGUUAUUAAUUUAGAUAUUGAACCUACAUUUUUGUAAAAAUAUAAUAUUGCUAAAAUCUAAUAAAUUGCUGAUUUAAUUAGAGAAUUUUUAAUUGGUAAAGUAAAGCUUAUGACAUAUCCUAAUAAAUUAACAAUUAAAAUACCUUUAAGUAAGAAAUGA